CUUCUUACCGGUUACUUUGCUUAUUGAACACCUACAUUUCGAACGGAUAAAACCUAUAUAUUGAAAUUAGUUAAUUUUACCGCCACAUCACCCCGUUAAGUACUGGACUGCGGUGUCCCUCAGGACCCAUUUAGUUUAAAACUCGGGUUGAAACACGACGACCCUCUUCAAGGGAAGAUAUUGUUUAAUAAUACAGGCGAAAGGCUCUUGCACUGUUCGAUGGUGCUGACAAUUGGAUUGUUUGAGUGUUUUCUCUCAACCCCACAGCAGACAUGAUGAUAUAGGAAGAGUGGGAAGAGUGCUUCUGCUCAAACUGUAAGGACGUGUUCGACCCCAAGUAACUGGACACUCUUCGCUAUGUAAUGUAUUUCCGAUAUACCUGUAGAGCAUCCUUAUCCUCGCCUGGUUCAGUUUCAGUCACUCCCUCCAGCCAAGUUUAUCAGUAGCCGAGUGGGCUGGCAGCGCAAGGAUGGAGAGUUGGUUACCUGACAGGCCAUUUGCUCCCGACAUAAGUGCUGAAAAUUAUAUCUUGUGCAUGCAAGUGAGGGUUUGAAGACUGGUGUAGCUGUUGCAAGACAGGGCUGGAAUGUACACAUCCACAGACCUUCCCAUGCCCUUGAUUUACAGAAUGAUGUUAAUGACUGACUAGACUUAUCACAGACGUAAUGGUAUGCUGACUCCACCAGAUUAGUGACUACAGUGUAUGGUAGUCCUUAUUGUUAGUUGAGGAUUAUUAUUUGGACCUUAAAAUUUUACAUUGAAAAUAUAUUUUUUUUUUGGAAAUUUUUGAUAUGUUUGUAUUGGAAAAAGAGUUACAUCAUCGUCACGUCGCCCUUGCCCAAAAUCCUAGUCAGAUGUAAAGAUCAUCAUUUUAUUACGUAUAUCUAAACUUAUGCUAAUUAGUUCAACGCACAAUUAAUUUUUUCGCUUCAUUAUAUUCAGCACACCUCAAAAUCAGGAAGUACACACGAAAAUUCUUGUUCUUAGGCUCUGUCUGUCAGUCUGUCUGUCUGUCUGUCUGUCUUAUUCAAUAUAUUCAAUAUGCAUAACGUAUGUAAAACCCAUUAAAAAUCAGGUGUAUAAACGAGGCGUGAGUAAGAAGCUCAGCAUAUCAUUAUGUCCGGGGUACCAGCGCUCUAUCAUCAGCCCCCAGCGGCGCUCAAUAGCACUGUAGCCAUGAAGACAGUUGAUACCAAACCCUUCGAGCAGAGCCUGUCGUUAGUGCCGCCGACUCUCAGCCGGUCUUACCCUACGGAGAGCCGAGUUUUGGAUUCAGUGAGGUUCCCCAACAUCUUUACAUCGGCCACUGCUACCAUGAAGACCCGAUACACGCCUGCGGAUUGGUCACAGAGCAACUUGGAUCACUACAGUCAUGCUGACAACACGCGCGGAAUAUCAGAACGAGUCAGAGAUGAUGCCGUCCGACUUGUAGGUUACACGUAUGAUAGGACGAACAUCGCCCAGAGGGAAAGUUCUCAGCGUCUGGGGGAACGAGUAAGCGACAUAACCUUCUGGAGGAGCGAAUUGAUGCAGGAACUUGACCGAAUGUUGGCCGAGACGAACCGACUCAAUGAUUCCCGUCGCGCUCUAGAACACGCUUACAGGGACACGGAAAACCCCUUGCAUGUCACCAAGGAAUGUCUCUACUUUAGGGAGAAUCGACAAGGGAUCGACUUGGUGAGGGAUCAUCCAGAAGAGAGUAUGCUGAGGGAAGUGGAUACCAUCAAGGACUGCCAAGCGCGUAUGAAGAACCUCCUCGAUCGUGUCAACCUUCAGCUGAGUCGUAAUAGGGCAGCCCGGCAAGACCUGGAACACGAUACGAUGAACAAGAAUCACUCAUUAACCAUCGACCACACCCAGCACUCGCUCCAUAACCACUCCGCUGCUAUCACGUAUUAUCCUGCCGUCGAGAGGAUUGAUAACACUGUCAGUGUGCCGGAAACUUGGGCAGAAUUCAGCAACCGGAACAUACAGCAAAGCCAGACCGAGAGGACCAGCUCACAGCGGUUACGUCAGGAGGUAGACGCCCUCAUAGCUGCCACCCACCAGGAUAUGUGGACCGCUUGGGCAUCCUCCAAUACUUCCCUCACUCAUCGUGCCGGGGAGACGAACGACACAAGGAGCAAGUUGCUAGCUCACAGAGACAGGGUACAGAGGGAGAUGAACGACUUGGAACGUCAUAUAGAUAUGCUGAAGAAGGCCAUCUUGGACAAGUCUGCACCGCUUAAGGUAGUACAGACGAGGCUGGAGGGUCGUACCCACCGGCCAGAGAUGGAGUUGUGCAGGGAUCCACCGCAACACAGGAUGGUCCGUGAAGUACAGGAACUGAGCGAGAGUGUAGAGUCACUGCGCCACAAGCUGUCAGAGGCAGAAAACUCGUUACAUCGCCUGGCGCAAAUCCGUGCCCGGCUUGACCAUGACCUGGGCGUUAAGACCAAUUCCAUUUACAUUGACCGUGAUAAAUGUCUGGCGAUCAGAAAGAGCUUCCCACUCUCCCAGCCUCACAUGGUGGACUUUACUCUCUACUAAUACUGAACAGUUGAUGACCUCUUGAAGCUAUGUUCUGAGAAAAACUUGGUUCCUAACACAACAAACUGUCUACUAACACACCUAACUGUCUACUAACACAACAAACUGUCUACUAAACACAACAAACUGCCUACUAACAACAACAAAUUGUCUACUAACACAACAAACUGUCUACUAACAACAAACUGACUACUAGCACAACAAACUGUCUACUAACACAACAAACUGUUUACUAACACAACAAACUGUCUACUAACACAACAAACUGACUACUAGCACAACAAACUGUCUACUAACACAACAAACUGUCUACUAACACAACAAACUGACUACUAGCACAACAAACUGUCUACUAAC